AUGGCGUCCGCGGCCGAGUACGACCUCAUGCCGCAGCUGGUGCUGCGGCUCGACCGCCACCUCAUCUUCCCGCUCGUCGAAUUCGCCGCCAGCCAGCUCGAGGAGGAGGACGGCAGCAGCAAGGACGAGGCCAAGUCGCGCGAGAUCACCAAGGCCAAGUUUGAACUGCUCAAGAAGACCAACAUGACCGACUACGUCGCCAACCUAUACUGCGAGAUCGAGAACCUAGACACACCGCCGGCCGAGUACGCCGAGUCACGAAAGAAGGUCCUGGCCAAGCUCGAGCAGUUUGAGACCGAGACCACGCGGCUGCGCGACCUGCUGGGCGACGAGGACGUGGUCGGCAACCUCCGGAGCGACAAGGUGGCCAACUUGGAGUUUCUGAAGAAGGAGCACGAUGUCACCGUCGACAUGGUCAACGCCCUCUACGAUUUCGGCAACUUCCAGUACAGCUGCGGCAACUACGGCGGCGCUGCCGAGCUGCUGUACCAGUUCCGCGUGCUGUCCACGGAUAACGACCGCGUCGCCGCCGCCACCUGGGGCAAGCUCGCCUCCGAGAUCCUGACCACCAACUGGGAGUCGGCCCUCGAGGAGAUCACAAAGGUCAAGGAGACCAUCGACACCAAGCUCUUCAACAACCCGCUCGCCCAGCUACAGCAGCGCACCUGGCUCCUGCACUGGGCCCUGUUCCCCCUCUUUAACUUUGAGGGCGCCCGCGAGCCCGUCCUCGAGCUCGUCUUCUCCCCCAACUACAUCAACACCGUCCAGACCGCCUGCCCCUGGAUCCUGCGCUACGUCGCCGCCUCUGUCAUUGCCGGCCGCGGCCGCUUCCGCAACGCCGGCCUCCAGCAGAAGCAGCUCAAGGACAUUGUCCGCGUCAUCAAGCAGGAGGCCUACGAGUACACCGACCCCGUCACCGACUUUGUCCGCGCCCUGUUUUUGGACUUUGACUUUGAGGAGGCCCAGCGCCAGCUGCCCCGCGCCGAGGACGUCCUGCGCCAGGACUUCUUCCUCGCCGGCGUCGCCGACGCCUUUGUCGACGCCGCCCGCCACCUCUUCUUCGAGUCCUACUGCAAGAUCCACGCCCGCAUCGACCUCAAGCGCGUCAGCGAGCAGCUCGGCCUCAACGUCGACGACGGCGAGAAGUGGAUCGUCAACCUCAUCCGCGACACCCGCCUCGACGCCAAGAUCGACUUCAAGGAGGGCACCGUCAUCAUGAACCACCCCAACAGCUCCGUCUACCAGCAGGUCAUUGAGCGGACCAAGGGCGGCUUCUUCCGGACACAGGUCCUGACGGCCGCUGUGACCCGGUAA